UUACGGAAGCCGGGAAGGCCCGAGCGCCGCGUUCCCUGAGGAAGUUCGCGCGGAAGCCCGGGUGGCAGGGCCGGAGAGACUCCCAGGCCCCAUGGCGUCCGUGGAAGCCAGCGGCAGCGGUGGGAAAGGGCAGGGGGUCGAGAAGCCCGUCACUUAUUAUCGAUUGGAGGAGGUGGCGAAGCGCAACUCCCCGGAGAACAUAUGGCUGGUGAUUCACGGGCGAGUCUACGAUAUCACCCGCUUCCUCAACGAGCAUCCUGGUGGAGAAGAGGUUCUGCUGGAACAAGCUGGCGCAGAUGCAAGCGAAAGUUUUGAAGAUGUGGGCCACUCCUCUGAUGCCAGAGAAAUGCUCAAGCAGUACUAUAUUGGUGAUGUGCAUCCGAAUGACCUUAAACCUCAACAUGGUAGCAAGGAUCCUUCGAAAAGUAAUGAAUGCAAAAGUUGCUGGUCAUACUGGAUUUUCCCCAUCAUAGGCGCUGUUCUCUUAGGUUUCCUGUACCGUUAUUACACAUCGGAAAGCAAAUCCUCCUGAGGAGACCAUGUUGAAGUGUGGAAAGCUUAUCCAUUUGGGAGUGAAAACUAGAGACUUGUUUGGAGGCUGGAAUGGUGCCCUCUUUUAGAAUCCUGCCAAUUGUAUUUUUCCCCCUGGGAGCCCAAAUGGUUGUCCAGACACCCACCUCAGAUCAGGGGCGAUGUCCUUCAUCUUGGAGCCUUACUCCCAAAGUACCUGCUCAUUCUUCGCGUUUCUUGCCAGCUUCCCCUCUCUCCUCUGCUUUCCUCAGUACCUUCACAUUUUUGAACUUUCUUUUACAGUUGCAAUCCGUAUGUCCUAGUGCAUUGCUCUUGGGUAAAAAUGCGUUCCAGUCUUUGAGUGCGCAUUAGACAUUCUUAACAGGGCAGCCCAUUCUGGUUUUGAAGCUUAUCCAAUUUUUCUUUUAAACAAAAAUAAAAUUCUGACUUAAUUAUUUUUCAUAAAGGAUUUUAUUCAUGAAGUUGCUCACCUAUAACUUAAGACACAGGUGCCAAAUGAUCAUCUUCCUUGUUUCUAUUUGUUAAGACUGCCAAAAGGCAUCUCUCCUGCCUCCCCAGCUAAAGUAGCAGGUAGCUUUUGCCUCCCCCUAAGACUAGGCUGUUUUAUUCCCAAGUUUGUACUGGACAAAGCUAUAUUUCUUUAUUUCUUGGGAAAAGGGAGAGAUGAUGAAUUGGGGUGACACAGUGAAUUCACAGUCAUCUUUUCCUCCCCCCCACCCCGCCACCAUCUUUUAUUGGUAAAAUAAUAAGUUUAUAAUUAUUUCUGUAGAGCUUUGCCAGACCAUUUUGCUGCCUUUCUGUUUAUUGAUUAGGAAAAUUUUUAUUCCCCUUUUUACAAAAGAGGAUCUAAAUUGAUCCGAGAUACAGUUUUUUAUCUUGUUUGCCCCUGUAAAGCAACUCCAUAGUAAAAUGGCGUUUGAAAAUGCAAGAUUGUAACAGGACCAUUUUCCAUUUCACUUCUAUUUCAUCUGGCUCCAAUUUGUGGUUUUGUUCUGUUUUUCCAUUGAGAAUAAAAAACUGGUAGUUUUUUUUUUUUUUUUUUUUUUUUCUUGAAUGAGUGUUUCAUUGAGGAAUAGGUUAUUAUUUAGAACUAUGUUGCUGUUUCUUGGUUCAUGAAUUUCCCUGGCAUAUUUUGACUUUUUCUGUGGAAACUCCUGUGGAGACAGCACACAGACCAUUUACUGCCAGCAGCUGUUUCUGGUGUUUUUUCUCCCCAUCCUUUGAGGAUGACAGGUCUGCCUCUGACCAUUGUCAUGUAGUGGGAAUAGCUUGGUUAAAGAAGGACCACAGGUACACUGUUUAGUAUCUCCUCCUGCUUCUAGCUGGCAGAGACUUGACAAGACAGGAAACUACCCAGCAUAGAAGUAUCUGCCCAUGCAAACUAUUUAAGAAAAAGUUCAACCCAGGUCUUGUAUCCUGUAACUUAGCCAUUGAAUGAAUUCAGAAUUCAUCAAAAUAAUAUUAACCUUAUACUUGCACACUUGGAUAUGACAUCAUGGAGUAAUUUUAAGAGAAUUUUAGUCUUUUAUAUAUCAGAGAUAUGGGCUAAACAGACUUCUUUUUAGAAAAUGUAUGCAUUAUAAAAUGCCACUUAAAGACAAGUUAUUGAAAAAAAAUCUUUGGUUAUUAUGUGCCAUGAGCUUGGUGAGUGGUGUGACUGUUGAUGCUCCUCCAUUUGAAGGCAAGGAAGGAUUGCCUUGAGUAAGAAUUGGUAUGUAAUUUCUAUAAUAUUUAAGUUGUGUGAUUACGUGAGGCAGAAAUAAAGAACAAAGAAGCAUUGAGGGGCUGGAAAAGGAACAUUCAAGCCAAAACUAAGCCAGAAGAUAAUUUGGAUCAAUUAGAAGUAUGUUGGCAGUCUCCAGUAUUGAAUGAAAAUCAUCUGGCUUUAAGAAACAUUAAAGAAUGAUGGUCUUAAGUAAAAUCGGUGUUUUUGAUAUUUUUAGAGUAAACACCAAUGCAAAGGUAUGUUUUUCUAUUUUGCAUUGGUUGUCUUUUCCUGUUUAUAUCUUGACUUGUUCUUACUCAGCCAGAGGGAAAGAUUUUCAGACUUUGUCUCUACCACCCAUGAGAUACUUCUAGUAGCCAGGGCUUCUUUUGAACUACCGCUAAUGUGAUGUCACUUUAUAUUAUUAAAAACCACUUUUGGGUCUAUUCACAGUAAUUCUGUUGCCCACAUAAACAGGCAGGUGAAAAAGUAGAGCUUGUGUGAGAGUUUGUGGAGGUUUUUCUGAACAGUAAAUGAAUACAGUGUAUUAGCCAAAUCCACCAGAAAGGACUCACAACAGUCUCUACAUUGGUAGGUCAGAAAAUCUCUCUGUAGAGCAAGUGGAGUCAGUCCCUGUUGCCUGACCGUGGCCCCUAGAGCUGGUCUCUGGGGCAUUUACUUGUUUAUUCCUGAAGAAGACUAGCAGCUGCUGCUGCACUUCAUACUGUAUACAUAAUGUCUAGCAAUCACAGGAAGAGGUGAGGGAAAAUUUAUGCCAACCACAUAGGGGUGGUAAAUGCUGGGUCUACAAAACUUCUUGGCACCUGUCUCUUUAAGAAGUGCUUAUGGUUUGCAAAUGAUUUCUACAUUUCUAAAGACUAGAAAGUAGUGGGGACAAAGUUUAUAUUGUAUUUAGUUCUUAUGGGACUGCUUAAGCAGAAACAAAAGUCAAGUGGAACCUAUAAUUUAGCCUGUAAAGUUCUUUUAGCAGUUGUCAUAAAUGCAUCUGUUGUGAAAUAAGAGCAUUGUUGAGUUUAUACACAUUUAGUUGCGUUGUGGAGCAAUGAAAAAUGCUUUCAGGUCAGGUAUAUCAUUACUUAUGUUAUCUCAUGCUUAAAAUCUCAAGUGAUAGCUAUCUGAUUAAAUUCCAUUUUAGGAGAUUGAAAUGCAGAAUAUUAAUGUUCAUUGCUUCCUUUCCCAGGAGAAAUGGAUUCAGACAUGUUUCAACAAGAAAUUGAUUUUUUUAAAAAACCAUCUCAUCCCAUUGCCAAAUAUCACAAAAGUAGUGGGGAGUUUAGUCACAUUUGGCUGUUGUGCUCUUAAAGAGCCCAGUUUGGAAUUUGUGGGGGUGACCUCAGAGGGAGUUUCCAAGAAGCAGAGAGGUACUUGUCAAGUGACCCACCCUCCUCUAGUAUCUCACUUGUGAGCUUUAGAGCUGCCCUUUGCCUGUACCUAUAUUUUGCACUUGCUGUUUAGACAGAACAUUAUUUAACUUCCUUUCUUCUUACUUCAUUCUCCACUGUGGACAAGUGAUAUUAACAUUCCUUUUGUGUAUUCAAUAAUGGCAUUUGUUUACCUAUUUUAUUUCAGCAUAUUUUGAACAAAGAUCUUUGUCUCUUUCUGCUGGAAUGUGCACACAGUGAAUGUUUGUUAGAACUACACACAAUAAAGAUACUGUUUUCCUUUUCUUGCCCUGACUACAGUUAUUUAA